CUAGACACUGGUCGUGGGAAUAUGGUGUCUUGACAGUAACAGUUUUUGAUACGGUCCAACGUCCGUUAACUUAAACGUAACAUUUAAACCGGUGUUACGCGCAGGGUCAGUGUAGACUCCUUUGCACACAACCGAAGAAUAAAUAAAGGAAAAAUGACUACCAGUGAACAUGGAAACGUAGACUUCCAGAGUGAUGGGACAAAAAGGGACAUCGAGGAGAAUGAAACGUCCCCUUUACUACAGAAUGAAAUAUUACAAACCAGAACCAAAGGAGCCUCAUUUGCUUCCUCUGUUUUUAACCUUAUGAAUGCCAUCAUGGGAAGUGGCAUACUUGGGCUUGCCUAUGCUAUAGCUAGUACUGGCAUAGUUAGUUUCUGCAUUCUCUUACUGCUGGUGGCUAGCCUGGCAGCCUAUUCUAUACAUCUCCUAUUGAAACUCUGUGACCAAACAGGUAUUAAUUCAUAUGAAGAUCUUGGAGGUCAAGCGUUGAAAAAGCCAGGCAAAAUUUUGGUUGGAAUUACCAUUCUCAUCCAAAAUAUCGGAGCCAUGUCAUCCUAUUUGUUCAUCUUGAAGUCAGAGCUCCCUGCCACCAUCAACAGCCUUCUCAGCCCAGAUGAACCUGGAGAUGCCUGGUAUCAAGAUGGCCAAAUGCUGCUGAUCCUGGUGACACUUUGUGUGGUUUUACCCCUGGCAAUGCUGCCUAAGAUUGGUUUCUUGGGAUAUGCGAGUAGCCUUUCUUUCUUCUUCAUGCUUUAUUUUGCUAUCGUGGUAGUGAUCAAGAAAUGGUCCAUCCCCUGCCCUCUUCCAAGCAACAUGACUAUGCCACCAGGCACCUACCAGAUAUCAAAUUCCUCAGAUUCAGACUGUACACCCAAUUUCUUUAUCAUCUCCAGUAAGAGUGCCUAUGCCAUCCCCACCAUGGCCUUCUCCUUUCUGUGCCACACAGCUGUCCUGCCCAUCUACUGUGAACUAGACCAGCCUACUAAGAAAAGGAUGCAGAACGUUGCCAACGUCGGCAUCUCUCUCAGCUUUUUGGUUUACAUGCUCUCUGCCCUGUUUGGCUACCUCACAUUUUAUGCCCAUGUGAAUUCUGAGCUGUUGAUGAACUAUGAUGCCUACAUGCCCCGUGACAUUAUGGUGAUAACUGUUCGUCUGGCUAUUCUGUUGGCAGUGCUUUUAACUGUCCCUCUCAUCCAUUUUCCUGCCCGUAAGGCUGUGAACAUGUUGCUGUUUGGAGGAAGGCCAUUUUCCUGGGUCAUUCAUGUUCUGGAAACUCUAACACUCGUGGGUGUGGUGCUGCUUCUGGCUAUCCUUGUGCCAGACAUUAGAAAUGUAUUUGGAGUAGUGGGAUCGACCACGUCCACCUGCCUCUUGUUUGUUUUCCCCGCUGUUUUCUACCUCAAGCUGGGCGACCAACCUGUCGGGUCCCCUGAGUCCCUCGGGGCUGCGGCUCUGUUGGUCUUCGGUUUGAUUGUGGGAGUGCUGAGCCUCUUCGUCAUCAUUGUCACCUGGGUACAGAAUCCAUGACAGUUGGAAAAAAACGUAAAAAUUCAACAAUGAAAGGACGAAACAAAGGGAUAAGUGUGCUAAAGGAAAACUAAGUGAUAAAGGUGCUAAUCAUCUCUCUCUGAUGAUGACGUCAAAUGUGUUCUUCAAAAUUCUGUUUUCAUCAUUAUCAUGAUGAAUAUUUCCGUUUAGUACUGGACUAUGUUGUUUUUUUUUUAAUAUAUGAGCUCUAUUGACAAUAUUUUUAUAUUCCUUUUUUCUGGCUCAUAUUUGCUACUCUCAAAUGUCAAUAUCUUAUUUCAGUUUCGUUUUUAUUGUUUUUAUGUUCUCUUUACAUGUAUAACAUUUACACAUGCUCUGCACAUGUAACAUAUUAUUAUGCAAAUAUUAUUUGCAAAUAGUAUUUUGUUAGUUUAUUAAGCUGCACGGAGCGCCGGGUUAUGUUGGGUUUACUGCAUUCAGAUAGUGUCAAAUAAGACGUUUCAGUUUUCUCUCCUGUUAUUGUUAAACUGUGCCAACCAUUACAUUGCCCAGUGCAGUAAAGCUCACCCGUCUUGCACUUGGGUAUGAAAAUACACACCACAAACAGUAUUUGCAAAAACUAUUUGGCAGCAAUUUCAAAUCUUACACUGGAAAAGCGCCAUUGUUUCUCAAAUCGUGUUUAUUUUUCAUAAACAAAAUUGUUCAUGUCAUAAUUGCCAUUCCAUUUUUCUGUACAAAUGUGGCCUUUGCCAGGGUUGUCUUUUCAGCCCUUUUUUUUUUUACAUCCUCAUAAGAAAUCCACGUGACUGUAGACUGAGAAGAAGGCACAGUCGCUAACAGACCAAACCUCAGGUAUAACUGUUAAUAGAAAUGUCAUGCUGCUCAUAUAAGUUUACUGAUAGACCAAAGACUAUAAACAUUCAACU